AUAUAACUAAUAAUCCUCUGAUUGGAAAGAUAUUAAAAUCCAAAUAGAAGGAGGAGAACAGUUUCUAACAAGAAAGAAUAAGGAAGAAAAGCUUUUUGUCUCUGAAAGAGGACAGAGCACUGACUGACAUUUAUCUCCUGGAGAUCCAGUGUCCAGGACGAGCUUUAUUCUGGUCAUAGAACAGUCUUAUCCCUAAAUGCUGGUUUCCAAGCAGAGCCGGCACUUAACAGGAAUCAGCUGAUUGUAAUGAUUUGAGCCAAAGCCAAAAGGUUUUAGGGGUUUCCCCCAGGAAACAGUUCAUAUCAGCAUUUAUAGAUAAAUUCAUUCACUCAAGUAUUUGACACUGUUUUAAUUAAACCACAAGAAUGAACAUAUAUCAGUACAGAGUACCUGAAAGAGAAGCUGUAAGAUUUUGCUAUUAGAUGACUUUGUGAGCACCUUUCUGAACCCUCAGCCUUGACAUUAGUUUUUGUUCAUUUCUGUUUUCUCAAAGCCAGAAACGACCAGAAUUGGAUGAGAGACUCCAUGAAAAGAAGCUGUCACGUGACAUGUCUGAGUUAAAAUAGCUUUUGUGUUUGUUUUUCGGAGGAGAAAUCCACAAAAGCUUCCGAAGUAAAGAGCCGGUCUCGUUGUCAGCUGCCGGAAACACCCAGAGAGCGAGCGGUUACAGGCGCGAACCCAGGCCAGCCUCCACAGUGUCUCUGAGCACCGCCUGCUGUGGAAACCAGGGCACUUAUUAAGGCAGAACGCCCAGUUCUUCUUCACAAUAGACAUCCCUGCUGUAGCUGCCCUCCUCCCCAUGUUUCCAGCCUUUGUCUGCAGGUGAGACUGAACCUGAAAGAUGUUUUGUUUUGGCCGAGGCUUAUAAAUGCAUCAAAGCCUCUUCCAGCUAGCUCAUCUUCCCAAAUCUGCUUCUCCAGAAGAUGCAGCACAGCUCGGAUGUGGCGAUGCUGACGAGGUUGCUCGGACUGCUGGUCUUGUCCACCCUCUGCUCAGCCAUGUGGGUGCAAAACUACACCAGACAAUACAUUAGUGAAGAGGAAGGCUCCACAUAUGACCCCAACACCCACCACUGGCCUGAAUCAGUUGACAGGCAGUUUAAUGAGACUUCUAAGAAGCCUGAUCACCCAACGGGAAUCCCAUCGUGGCCACCCGAGGCGCGCAGCGGGCCUCUUAUGAUGCCUCCAACAGGACCCCCAUUUCCACACUAUGGCAACAACUCUGAAGGUCCCAACAUGCCCAGGGUGUUUGGGGUCAGUAACCCACCUUUGCCACCCAUGCCUGACACAACAAUCUGUGACAUGCUGCUAAAUGCACCGGUACCCCCGCCCGCCGACCAGAUUCCAUUUUUUUGCAUCUGUCAAUACUGCAAAGGAACCGUAGGACCCAAAGGAGACCGCGGAGACCGAGGUCUUCCAGGUCCUCCCGGGAGCGCUGGAAGUAGAGGAUUGAUGGGGUUUCCAGGUCCCAGAGGGUUUACAGGCUCUCAGGGGAUAAAAGGCCAGAAGGGAGAAAUGGGGGAAAAGGGAAUGCAAGGUGCAGCAGGUUUCACUGGCACAAAGGGAGAUCGAGGAUUUAAAGGGGACAAAGGGGACCAAGGAUCAAUGGGACCCCCUGGUGCAUCGGGCCCUCAGGGGGAAUCUGGUAUAUGCCCUGCCACCUGCGAGAGUGUGCCAGGUGCACCUGGUACCCAAGGACCACCUGGACCAGCUGGAGCCCGUGGCCUGCCAGGGGUGCAGGGUGCUGAUGGACCCAAGGGCAUAAAAGGUGAUAGGGGUGACAUGGGUUUGCCUGGAAACCCUGGCAGCGAUGGUGAGAAGGGUGAUCGAGGUGAGCAGGGGGUGUGUAAGUGCACAAAUGGAACAAAUGGUGCUGAUGGCAAACCAGGGCAAAAGGGAGACAAGGGGGACAAGGGUGAUAUUGGGUCCCAGGGUAUACAGGGCACCAUGGGGUUAAAAGGCAACCAGGGUGAUAUGGGUCUCAUGGGGCCACCUGGGCCCUGCUCUCCAGCCAUCCAGUCAGCAUUCUCCGCCUGUAUCAACGAGUCAUUUCCAGCUCACAACUUUCCCAUUCCUUUCCCACACAUCCUUACCAACCAGCAAAACCACCUUAACCGAAACGGCAUCUACACAGCCCCCGUCAACGGCACCUACGUCUUCUCCUUUCACGUGUCAGUUGCUGUGAAACCGCUUAAAGUCGGCCUGUUCCGCAAUUUCUACCCUGUGGCUAAAAUAACAGAAGGAACCAUCCCAUCCACCACAAGCCACACGGUGGUCCUCAACCUCUACAUGGGAGACCAGGUUUGGCUGCAGGUGAAGGACCCCACCACCAAUGGCAUGUACACUGAUACUGAAAGCACUAGCACGUUCUCUGGGUAUCUGCUGCACCCCGACUCCUGCGAAUUUCCUCUGGGCAGAAAUCACUACUUCCCACAGCCACAUCAUGGACGCUACACCUGGGAUGGUCCCGACCCUACCACCACUCCACCAAAUUAGUUUCUUUUCAGUUGCACAGUUAUAGAUGAGGCACAACAAGCAUCCAAUCAAAUUCUCAGUGAUUUUAUAACUGCAAGUUUUAAAGGAGGGGUAUUCUAGCAAUGAAGCAAUGACAAUUGUUAAAAUAGGUUUUUCUACCAGAGUUAUGCUGAAUACAAGUUCUACUGUAGGACCACACUGUAGUUACUACUCAAUUAAAUAAAAUCAGGUUUUAUUUCUUGGGUUAAAUCUAAUUCUGUUUGGUUGUUGAAGCUGGCAUCACCUAAAAGGAAAGGCCAGCAAAAAAACCCAACAAUAAACACACAAAAUCCUUCUUGAAGUAUUUGUCAACACUUAGCAUGUUAGCAUAUCCAGGCAAUUAUUGUCAAACGAUGUCUAAAUGAACCUUAAUUCCAACUCUUCCUGGGACAAUAAAAACAAGUCAAAUGAAAUAAAAAAGCGUUACAAUGUUGCAGAAGACUAAUUUAAAAACGUUUUCACCUGGAAGUCACAUGUCUAACAAACAUUCUCCUGACUGCAAACAUCUCUCGUCUCUUAUGUCACACUUAGAUGAGACAAAAAUAAACUCCCCCUAAAAUCAAGUCCUGUUUUACUGGUAAUGCUAGUGGCUUCAAGUACUGGUUCCAACUAAAAUAUCUUCAAUCACUAUUUGAAUGAUUUGUGCUUACUGACUUUGACGAACCUCUCAGUUAUCUGUCUUCUUGCAACAGUUUAAAGACAGGAUGUGUUUUCCCUGUGACAGAUUGGAGGCCUGUCCAGGAUGCAUCCUUCCUCACACCCAGUGACCGCUGGGAUCAGCUGACACACAAUUGGAAAAAAGAAAGAAAAUUGAACAGCCAUAAUACCCUCCUUUUAAAUGUGGCUAUGAUUCAACACUCAUAUGAAAAUGCAUCUGGGCUUGUAUAUGCCAGCAUUUGAUCAUGCACUAAUCAACUGUUAGAGCGCCCUUUUAUCAGAAAGCUCAUUUAGCAGCAGAGGUUUUAAUAUUUUUGAUAGAAAAUGUAAAUACGUGGAUCAGCUGCAGGCGAUGGAAUAACGUCACCACAGGUCUGUUGAGACGGAGGUUUAAAAAGUUUACAGUGACGGAGCGGGAACAGAGCUGCGACGCAAACGAGACGUCGAGAAAUGAAGAAGGCUGAAGACACGGCAAUGAGACGUGCCGGCAAAUUCUCCACAAAAUCAGUGAAAUUCUCUUCAGGUUCAUCAAGUAAAAGAAUCAUAAUCUCCACAGAUCUCCACAGUACACAUAAAUAUUUUAAAAGACAUAAAGAGUGAGAACAAGUGCCAUUAUUUUCUUAAUGUUUUCUUAAUCUUGAAGAAAAUCUAAUUUUGAAUGUAGGAUAACUGAUUAAAGGCUUUUCUCGCUAUUUUUAAGGUUUUAUUUUUUUAUUAUAUGAUUUAAAACAAAGGUUGUACAAUGAAGCUACCUGUGAAACUAUCACCGCCUGAUGUCUCGCAACAUUAAACUUCCACUUUGUAAAAGGUAUAAUCUGUAAAACCUGCGACACCAUCAGGUGAUGUUGGACAUGUGUUUGGGCUCAGACAGUAAACGGAGUGUGUUGCAUGUGUAACAGGUUAAAGCAUCGUUCACCUUCUCUGAGGUGUUUUCAGCGUCCACACCGUGUCGCCUGUUUGUGCUUCAGGUUGUUGCGAUCUGUGCAUCGUGGGCUUUGUUUGAAAUUAAAAACUUUCACCUAAA